UGGACGGCACUGUCAGUCGCUCUGGCAUUCAACAUGGCCACCUGAUAAUGUAGCAGACGAUACAGGUGGGAUGAAAAAUUGUAAAUAAAAUUUGGUUCUAGCUUGAACUAUGAGUGGACGUGUGCAGAAAGACAGUGCUGAUGAUUCUGAUCGUGUCGACGAUGCAGUGGAUCCCAGAGUGCAGAUUGAACUUGAAAGAUUAAAUACUGCUACCGAUGAUAUUAACAAGCUCGAAGUUGAUUUGGAUGAGGCAAGAGCAACUUUCAGAGAACUACUCUGUGAAUCUACAUUAAAAAUUGAUAGUUUAGCUAAGAAACUUGGUACUUGUAUUGAGAAAUCUAGGCCAUACUAUGAUGCUAGGUUUAAAGCCAAAGAAGCUUUACAAGAAACGCAAAAAGCAGCUAUUAGAUUUGAAAGAGCAAACAGCCAACAUGCAGCAGCCAAAGAAAUGGUUUACUUAGCUGAAGAAGGCUUAAGAACUGAGGGAAGAUGUUUUGACCAUGCUUGGCAGGAAAUGUUAAAUCAUGCAACUGCUAGGGUCAAUGAAUCUGAACACGAAAGAGCAUUAUCAGAAGCAGAACACAGACAUACCACUGCUUUGUAUCACAAAGCUGAACACGAAGUGCAAAACCUACAACGCGAUUUAAAGCGCGCAAUCGCUAAAUCUAGUAUGGGUGCACGUCGCAGCUUGCUUCUGAUAAACAGUAUCGCCUACAGGCACAACUUGCUCAUGUUACCGUAUUAUGAGAUGAAAGCACAUUUUAAUCAAAUGCUAGAGGAACAGAAAUUCAGAGUGAGUGCCCUCGAAAGAUCAGUGGGCGACGCUAAAAUGACUUACGCGGAGGCACUGAGAAAUUUAGAGAAAAUUAGCGAUGAAAUUCAUAGGACUAGAAGGUACGACGGGACAGACGACCUUAGUAAACACUCAAGAGACACGGUCAAUCAGGCUGGUAAUCAAUCUAAAUCAGCAAACUCAUCGGACUCCAGUGUGACCGGAUCACCCGAUAGUACAGACUACACUAGCGACGAAUACUUGCAUCUUCCUGAUAAAAUGAGUCCUAAUGCACCAUGUCCUGUGCCUACAAGAAUCGACAGAGAACCUUCGUCUGAAUACCUGGGCCUAAGCAACCUGAAUCUGUCAUCCACGGAGCCUCGAAAGUACAUAAAGCGGGACCGUCCAAAAAGCAUUGCAGCAACAGACUCGAAACAUAUCAUAACACUGAAUCAAACCAGUUCGUCGACGUCACGGUUAUCGGACUUGUCAAGCAUUAUUUCACCCAUGGAGAAACGAGUCACCAUUCAAACACCGGCGGAGACAAAUACCACCAAUGCGACCGCACAAAAUGGCGAGGAGUGGACGGAAAUCAGCUUGAACAAUUCUCCAGACGAGAUUUAUUAUAAUAACGAAGUAUACUCAGAUGACGAUGAUCAAAUCCCUUACAAACCGUUACCGAUGGACCUGAGUCCAGAGAGUAGCAAUCCAACAGCUAGCGGCGGAACUAUCCAGCCAUUUGCUGAUAUAUCUAAUCGGAAGAAAUUAAUUACUCAGAAAUCACUACCAGCUAUGCCGAAAGGGAACGAGGUUACAUUGAGCAUUGAAAAGAAAGCGGAGGUCACAAGAAGUCCGUCUAUAAAGAGCAAGAGCAAGCUCGACAGUAGUUUAGCUAAUUGGAUAACUAGAAGCUCGGCUGGCGGUGAGGCUAGCGGCGGUAGCUCAGCAAACUCUAGUAGAAGGCAAUCACUCGAUAUGCUGUGGUGUGCCGGACCUGGAGAGAGGGUGAAAGAGUUAUUAAGUCAUGGAAUGAUGAUGUUGAAUAUAUCCAGUCUAACCGAGAGACGUUCCAGUGAACCGAGAACUAUCGAGAAGGAUAAGGAGAAGUUCGAGAAGUGUGAGAAAGUGGAAGGAAAGGGGAAAAAGGUUCCUAGUCCGCUAGAAAAAACACUGACAUACCUGAAUGCAGAUGAAGAAACGUCCGAUAGCGAAAGUUUAGCAAGUGUGGAGAUGUUAACGGAGGAUCAGAUAUCGUCGCUCAUGAUGGAACCUGACAUGAAUCAAGUAUGCCAAGAGAUAUUAGGGACCCCGUUAGUCGAGGUGUGUCCAUUGCUGCAACAACUGCAGCAACAACAAUAGCACACCUACUAACGGGAGCGACUCGAUUGAAAUGAAACUAUGCAACAAUAGAAAGUGUUCAGAAACCAUGAUAAAGGAACGAACUAGUUAAGGUAUAGCUUUAUUUAUAAUUGAAUUUGUCACGUAAUUAGUUCCUGCACCUUCAUUGCUCAUAACAGGAGACUUGAUUUUCUAUCCAAUUUCAUAAGAACAUAAUUAAUUCAUGAUAUUUACUGCAAUCUUAUAUACAGAUCGUGCUUUUGUUCUGCUCUGAUUAGAAAUGAUUUGUACAUAUUCAAGUUGGUAGGAGUUUUUAAUAUCAUAUACAAAUGUUUGAUUUUAAUUAUUGACGUGCUGUAUACAUAAAAUACUGUGAAUAUCGUGAAGCCUAAUGAAAAGUUUCUGUGCGUAUGUUCAUAGAAACAAUUUGAUCGAUACUUGGGACAGUUUCGAUAUCAUUCCAUGAAAUUCGUUUCACAAUUAGUAUCUAACGUACAGUGGAAGACUUAUUCGAUUAGAGAAGCAAUACGUAGUGAAUUCUAGAUAGUUAUAUUAUUCAUUAAAAGGGGAAAGCAAUUUUGGUUCGUCGUACGUUCGAAAUAUCGAUUGGUAUAUAGGGGUAAUAAAGAAUGGAAUUUUUUUCCAUCGAUUUAUAGAAAAUGUUUUAUCUUUCAAACAAAUAUUCUGUUUGUCUGUGUUUGAAGAGUACAAUUACAUAAGCAAUUCACUUUUUAUAUUAAAGAGCAACACCAGCCAGAAAAUUGUAAUUACGAGAAAUUAUAAACCGAAUGAGGGUGAUUUGCUCUUCUUUGAAGUGCUAAGUAGAACUUGUUUAGGUAAGAUAACGUGAUUCUAAAUAGAAAAUUUGCGGCUUCGAUGAGCAUAAUGUUUCACAUACCAAGCUUUAAUAAUUACCGAUUGUAAUAGUGUUCAUCUGCCAAGCUCAGCAAAAACAUUUUGAAUGAAUCUUUCCUCAAUUCUGAUGAGAUAUAAAAAGAAAUAUAUAUAUAUAUAUAUAUA